GCUGCUGCGUCUUCCUUCCGGCUCGCCGAAGAAAGUUGAGGGCGGUUCAGCGGCUUGUGGGCUUUGACACGAUGGACAGCCAGGGAAGGAAAGUGGUGGUCUGCGACAACGGGACCGGGUUUGUCAAGUGCGGCUAUGCAGGCUCCAACUUCCCCGAGCACAUCUUCCCUGCACUUGUUGGAAGACCCAUCAUUCGCUCAACGGCCAAAGUGGGAAACAUUGAGAUCAAGGACCUGAUGGUCGGGGACGAGGCCAGCGAGCUGCGCUCCAUGCUGGAGGUCAACUACCCCAUGGAGAACGGCAUCGUCAGGAACUGGGACGACAUGAAGCACCUGUGGGACUACACCUUCGGCCCAGAGAAGCUCAACAUCGAGUCCCGCAACUGCAAGAUCCUGCUCACGGAGCCCCCCAUGAACCCGACCAAGAACCGCGAGAAGAUCAUCGAGGUGAUGUUUGAGACCUACCAGUUUUCAGGAGUUUACAUCGCUAUUCAAGCCGUGCUGACACUGUAUGCCCAAGGUCUCCUGACGGGGGUGGUGGUGGACUCGGGUGACGGUGUGACCCACAUCUGUCCGGUGUAUGAAGGAUUCAGCCUGCCCCACUUGACCAGACGCCUGGACAUCGCAGGCAGGGACAUCACCCGCUACCUCAUCAAGCUGCUGUUGUUGAGGGGCUACGCCUUCAACCACUCCGCCGACUUCGAGACGGUGCGCAUGAUGAAGGAGAAGCUUUGCUACGUGGGCUACAACAUCGAGCAGGAGCAGAAGCUGGCGCUGGAGACCACUGUGCUGGUGGAAUCAUACACGCUGCCAGAUGGUCGUGUGAUCAAGGUGGGAGGAGAACGCUUUGAGGCGCCCGAGGCUCUGUUCCAGCCACACCUCAUCAACGUGGAGGGCGUCGGGGUGGCCGAGCUGCUCUUCAACACCAUCCAUGCCGCCGACAUCGACACCAGGCCUGAGUUCUACAAGCACAUCGUGUUGUCCGGAGGAUCCACCAUGUACCCGGGCCUCCCCUCUCGGCUGGAGAGGGAACUCAAGCAGCUGUACCUGGAGCGCGUCCUCAAGGGAGACGUGGACAAGCUCUCGAAAUUCAAGAUCCGCAUCGAGGAUCCUCCCAGGCGAAAGCACAUGGUGUUCCUGGGCGGAGCCGUGCUGGCCGACAUCAUGAAGGACAAGGACAACUUCUGGCUGACCCGCGAGGAGUACGAGGAGAAGGGCGUCCGCGUGCUGGAAAAACUUGGCGUCACCGUCAGAUAAAGCCCUGAACGGACAGACCAGGCAAACACACACACACACACACACACACACACACACACACACACACUCGCACGCAUACACAACAUGCACACAUUCCCCUCCUUGCCCCCAUCGCAGAGUAUAUAUCUAUUUAUCCCUCUUUCUUUCUCUUUCGGCUCUCGAGGCUCCUCAGACACCGGAGAGACUCGAGCUGUCCCCCCCCCCCCUCCGCCCCCGCCCCUCUCUCUCUCUCUCUCUCCACUCGGCCUCUAUUCUCUCCUGUUUGGGGAUUGGUUCACGCAAGCCCUGAUUUCCACCGACACACACACUUUACUUAAUCUAGGACUAGAAGGGUUAAUGUGGCCCUGCUGAUAAUCGAGGUUAAAACCCAGCGUGGAAUCUGCAGAUCGGUUUCAUUUGAAUUCAAUUCGAUAAAUGCAUCAGAUAUUCACAGAGUUUCGUUUCCUCCCCUGAAGAAACGUCCGGAGGGAUGAGUCGAUGCCGAGUUUCUAACCAACUCGUACUCGCGUGUGUGUGUGUGUGUAGAGUCACAGUCAGACACGAGUUCAGCAUCUGUUGCAGGCGAGCGAGAACUGAUCAUAGUUUUCUGUCGGUUUUUAUAAAUGAAAUCAUGACUUUUCUGUUCUGGGAGAGGGAUUCCUCUGUUUGCUUUUUCCUUUUUCUGUUGGAUGUACGAGCUCAUUUAUAUCUUUAAUUCUGGUUUACUUUUCCUUUUCUUGCUGUGCACUACUACCAUUGUAAAUGGAGUGUAUAGUGGUAACAGAAGUUCCUCCACGUUUUUAUGAAGAAGAAAUUGAUUUAAUAAAAGGGACAAACACACGAAGUAGAGCCCCCCCCCCCGAGGUUGUGCGACGGUACAUUUAGAGUUUGUAGUCGAUAGGAAGAUGAAGAUAGGACGUGGGAGUGGGGUGG